ACUUCAGACUUCCAGACCGAGAAAAGGCCGCCAAGAUGUCGCAGGAAAUGGGGAGCAGCACGGGCGAGAGGAGGAAGCAUUUCGUGCUGGUGCACGGGCUGGGCCACGGCGCGUGGUGCUGGUACAAGGUGGUGCCGGUGCUCGAGGCGGCCGGGCACCGGGUCACGGCGCUCGACCUCGCCGCGUCCGGCGUCCACCCGGGGCGCGUCGAGGACGUGCACUCGUUCGAGGACUACUCGCGGCCGCUGCUCGACGCGGUGGCCGCGGCGGAUGACAACAGGCUGGUGCUGGUCGGGCACAGCCACGGCGGGCUCAGCGUGGCGCUCGCCAUGGAGAGGUUCCCCGGCAAGGUCGCGGCGGCCGUGUUCGCGGCCGCCGCCAUGCCGUGCGUCGGCAAGCACAUGGGCAUCACCACCGAGGAGUUCAUGAGAAGAACGGCAUCGCUUGAGGAACAACUCAUGGACUGCGAGAUGGUGCCCAUCAGCAACAACCAGGGUGCCGGGGUUGCAAUCUCGGUUGGCCCCGAGUUCUUAGCACGCAAGUAUUACCAGCACAGUCCAGCAGAGGAUUUGGCCCUGGCGAAGAUGUUGGUGAGGCCAGGGAACCAGUUCUUGGACGACCGGGUGAUGAAGGACGAGACGCUGCUCACCGCCGGCAACUACGGGUCGGUGAAGAAGGUGUUCGUGGUGGCCAAGGCCGACGGGUCAAGCACCGAGGAGAUGCAGCGCUGGAUGGUGGCGCUGAGCCCCGGCACCGAGGUCGAGGAGAUCGCCGGAGCUGACCAUGCCGUCAUGAGCUCCAAGCCGAGGGAGUUCUGUGAUGUUCUGCUCAAGAUAGCCCAUACAUGCUGACUGAAAAUUGUGUUUGUAAUAUGUAUGCAUAAUACAUAAUGAGGCAUGUCAGAAUGAAAUUGGAUCACAAGACACAUUCGUAAUUAUAAUCUUGGAGGGGAACAAAGGCAUUUGUUUUUUAAAUAAA